CAAUGAAUCAUUUUUUUCAGUGUGUGUGCUUACCACCAUUUGUCAAAAUAUCUUCUUUUGUGUUCAUCAGAAAAAAAGAAAUUCAGGUUUAGAACAACAUAAGGAUGAGAAAAUGACAGAAUUGUCAUUUUUGGGUGAACUAUCUCUUUAAUGACCUUAGUAAAGCACUUUAUCAAAACUGCAAAACCAAAAGUCAUUAAAGAGCUGGCGAGUGACUGAGGUAUUGUGUUGUUCACAUAUUUCAGAUACAUAAUUAAACGAUAAAUGCAACAGUAAAAUAUAUGGUUCAAUGUGUCCUGUCCACUAGAUGGCGUAAUUUACAACAAUUACACAACUUGAUGACGUGUGAGUUAAAACAAAAACCGGAGUGUGUCCGCCUUUUCAUUAUUUAACGUGCAAAAACUCCGGAUACGAAAUAAUGAGGGUAGUAAAUAGCGUUAUUUAUUGCAUUGUAAAGGACACUGAAAACUUUGUAAGAUGUCUUAUUAAAAACGACAGACUUGUUUUGUUACAAAUAUUUAUCUAUUUAUAUAAAUCUAUUGUUUUGUAUUUAGCCUAUUCUGUAUUUCUUUAUACUAUUAUUUAUUUUAAUAAUAUGCUCACACCACACAGUACGUUUUUAUUUAUUUUUUCGGUGUUUCAAAAAUAAAAGAUGGUUUAGGUUUUUUAAAAGAAUAAUUAUCAAAUUGUUUGAGUUUCACGUCAGACGAUCAGGCCUAAUUAAGCAGAAUUCAAAGUAUAAAAAUAUUCGAAAUUUUUGCGAAGCAAUUAAUAGCCUGUUAACGCAAAAUACAUGUAGCCUGUGCCUUAAAUGAAGAGAAUUUAUGACAAAUAAUUUAUAUGUUUUUUUAAAAGAUAAAAAUAUGAUCUGUUAUUAUCUUAUUACUUUUCGUUUAUUUAAAUGCCAACCCUAUUUAAUAUUGUAUAUUAGGCUAAAGUUGUGAAAGUAAUAACUGUACCGUCUGUGCGCACUAUAUAUAGGCUAUUUGUAACUUCUUCAGGAGUUUCAACAGGACACCUGGUGCUGAUGGGAGGAGAAAAAAGAGAGGGCAGGUCGGAGAGAGAGAGAGAGAGAGAGAGAGAGAGAUAACUAACGUAGACGUAUAGGUUAAUUGUCAUACGGAGCUUUUGCUUUUACAAAUAUUUGGAUCUAUCAAAGGUUACACUGGCAAUACGGAUAACUUCCCUUAUAUGGUAAGUAGAUGUAAGUCUGUUAUCUAAAAAUCUGAGCUUUAAGUUGUGUGUCAUCUAUCGGUUCCUGUGACAGAAAUUAAUUACACUUGGCUUACUGUGUUAUCCAUACUUAUUUUGAUACAGUCUCAAUUUAAAAGUGUGUGUUUAUAUGCUCGUAUAAAUAUGUAAAAGAAAAGUUUUUUUAACGAAUUAAUGUAUUUGCAAUUUUGGUUUUGAAAAGACCGUCGGUAAAUUUACUUUACACGUUUACAAAUUUAGUUUUUUUUUGAUAAAAAUAUAAUAUUAAAUGUUAAGAUUUUGUCAACUUUAAACGUUUAGCUUCAAUUAGUUUUCUUUAACAAAUAUUUGUUAAUAUUCUGUGUUCGCGGAGCAGAUCAUAGAGAAACACUGUUUACGUUUUUUGAUUGAAUAAUAAUAAUAAUUUUAAAUAUACAUCUUUAUGGUAUUUGUGUUAUCAGAUUAGUUACCAAAAUUUAUUUUUUUCUGGGCAUGUGGGAAUGAGCGUUUGUGAAGGUUGUAAUCUUACUUUUAUGGAUCAUAUGUGACCCUGCCUGUGAAAGCUAAACUCUUUAUUUUUUGAUUUACUGUUUUCUACAUAAAAUCGCCCAUCAUAAUCUAAAGAACAUUCUGUGUAAUAUAGACUAAUCGUGAUAGCAUAUCAUCAAUAGGCUACUGACCGAGUAAGAUCAUGUCAAAGAUUAAAAUUAAUGACUGAAAUCAAACUUUGAUGCUGGUUAUUUCACACUCUAAAUUCUGUACGUUGUUUUGGUACACAUUGAACAGAAUAAACAUAAACCUGUGCUGGGUUGUUGUUAACCCAACCAUAAGUUAAAACAACCCAGCAUUGCAUUGAAUUAACCAUAGGUUUAUGUAUUAACCCAACAUGUGGUCUCUCCAAUAUUUACACAGUGUUGGGUAAAAAUAACCCAGAAAAUUUAGAGUCCAGAAUUUGAUUUUGAGACUUUAGCCUAAUAGUUUCCACAGCAGGGUCACGUAUAUUAUAAUUUUAAAAACAUAAAAUGACACACUUCCUUGUGUUACCAGUUAAGUGAGUAUAAUUGUGUUUUUGCAGACAUGUGGAGUGUUGUGUGUAAAGGCUGUAAUGAGCUCAUUCAGGACAGGUACAUGCUCCGCGUGCAGGAUGGACUGUGGCACGAGCGCUGUCUGUACUGCGCGUCAUGCCGCGAGCCGCUUACAAACACCUGCUUCGUCCGCAAUAAGAGCCUGUACUGCAAGAGAGACUACCAGAAGCUGUUUUUGGUAAGGUGCAAAGGUUGUGCAGAGGUCAUCUCUCCAGACGAGCUGGUGAUGCGCGCAGGCACCGCAGUCUUCCACCUGCAGUGUUUCUGCUGCUGUCUGUGUGCCUGCAGGCUGCAGAAGGGAGACCGCUGUGUGUUCACAGGGGAUAGACUGCUUUGUGCCAGAGACUAUCACAACACGCUGGCUAGCCCGACUACCUCUGACUCAGGUAAAAGUGAUGACGAAGACGAGGAAGAUGACGAAGGCAACAUUAGUACUACAGGGCAUAGCAACACAUCAGCAGACGUGGAGCAUAAGAGACCUAAAAGACCUCGUACCAUCCUCACAACGCAGCAGAGACGAGCAUUCAAAGCUUCUUUUGAGGUCUCGUCCAAGCCAUGUCGAAAGGUAAGGGAGACGCUGGCAGCAGAGACAGGACUGAGCGUACGAGUUGUUCAGGUCUGGUUCCAGAACCAAAGAGCCAAGAUGAAAAAACUGGCAAAAAGACAACAACAGCAAAAGCAAAACGUGUCCCCUCAAGAAAAAAGAGACGGUCAUGCACAACUCACUGCGCCCUCUUUUGGAGACUUGCCCACUGAACUGGAGUGUACAGGAUCAUAUGUGUCACUGGUCCAGCAGAAUAUCACUUUAGAGUCACACAGUUUUAAACUGGACCCCUUCAGACAGGGUCUCACCCCUCCUCAGAUGCCUGGAGAUUACAUGCAUCCCUAUGGUUGCGACACACUGUUUGACAGUACAGACAGUGACCCUCUGUGUCACUUUAGUGACUGUCUGUCCAGUAGCGAUGCCUCCUUGUUAACACCCAUUGACCGACUGUAUUCAAUGCAAGAUUCUUACUUUGCAUCUUGAACAUUAUUUAAAUGGAGUGUGUGUGCAUGAUGAAUGUGUGUGUGUUAUGCUUUUGCAUGUAUAAUUCAGGACUCUUAGGGUAGAAAUGCUAACAAUGGUAAUGUACUGUGAUGCAUUUUUUCCUGUUGUAUAUUGUAUUUAUUAUGGUUUGUGUGUGUCUGGACUGAAUUGCAAUUAAAUGCUUACUGACUGAGAAAAUGCCUUAUUGUUGUUAAAAAAAAUCUAUUUAACAGAACAGACUUUGGAAAAAGGUGCAACUUUAAAACAUCAAUUAGUAACUGGAAAGGUUUUUUAAGCAGAAACUACUCUAGAUUUGUCCCCGUAGUUGUGUUUUCUUUCAUUUGGUUUGGUUUGAAACCUGACUUACUGAUUUUGAUCUCAUAUGAGAUCUGGCAUUUAAACAAAACUCAAGGUCAUACCCAGUCUGGUCUUUCAGCACCUCUUGCCAUGAUGCAUAUCAGGACGCAUACAGACCACAUACUGGAAUAAGGC